AUGGCAUUUGCUCUGUUCGGUUCUUGCGCGCCAGGAGGAGCCCUGAUAGGAUAUGCUUUUGCGGCCAUGUUCGCCGAACUGGCCUGGUGGCCGUGGGCUUUCUUCUCGUUUGGAAUCGCUCUCUUCUGCAUUGCGUUGGCGGCUCAGCUUGCGAUCCCUGAUCCUCAAGAUGAGAAGCCUGGCCUCAAAGGAAAGGACUUGAUGGGAGCUAUAUGGGAGUUGGACUUGCUGGGGGCUGUCAUCGGUAUCACGGCAUUGAUCUUGUUCAACUUUGCUUGGAAUCAAGCUCCACUAGGUGGAGUUGGCUGGAGCUCUCCAUAUAUCAUUGUCUGCCUGAUACUGGGUUUACUUCUGGCACCGCUCUUCUUCUGGAUUGAGACUAGAGUCGCUCGUAAUCCUCUUCUUCCGUUGGAGGUCUUCACGAGCAGCAAUGGCUUUGUCCUCGCCUGUGUAGCCUGUGGAUGGGCAAGCUUCGGUAUAUGGGUCUUCUACAUCUGGCAGAUCCUCACCGAGAUCCGUGGCGCAUCGCCUCUGCUGGUCACCGCCUACCUCUCCCCGCUCGCCCUCUCCGGUAUCGUAGCGGCGGUAUCAACAGGAGCUCUACUACACAAGAUGAAACCUGCCUGGAUCAUGAUCAUCGCGCUUUGCGCAUUCAUGACGAGUAGCACCCUCACAGCCACAUUACCUCCACACCAAACAUACUGGGCGCAGAUUUUCGUAUGCACUUUGAUCGCCCCGUUCGGUAUGGAUAUGAGCUUUCCAUCAGCUACGCUGGUUAUCUCGGACUCGGUAGCGAAACGGCAUCAAGGUGUUGCGGCUUCACUGGUCAAUACUGUUGUCAACUACUCAAUCAGCAUGGGUCUUGGCUUUGCCGGAACUGUCGAAGUUCAUGUCAACCGCGGCGGGACCACUCUUGACAAUCAAUUGUUGGGUUUCAGAGGCGCUUUGUAUCUUGGGAUUGGACUGGCAGCUCUCGGUGUGCUGAUUGCAAUCAUAUUUUUGGCGAAGAGUUAUCUGAACGAUCAUCGGGAACGGAAGAGAAGCGAGAAGCAAACAUCGGCAGAUAUAGACGCUUGA